GUGCUGGAGGAUGAACUUAUUGAUGUUGAGUUGGCACUUUGGCUUCAGCGUAAUUUACUUUUAGCCGCCGGGUUUGGUUUUUUUCAUAGAGCUGACUCCAACUGCGCUGCGGACGUUUCGGACCUAAGCGUCCGAACACACAUCUAGCGUCACCUCUCGUGCGGGGAGCGUGUGGUUGUUGUGCUGCUGCUGCUGGAGCCACACAGCGGUGCAGCUGCAGCAGCCUGGGUUCACCUCAGUCCUCAGAGGGAGCUCGUCCCGUCAGGCUGCGAUCCCGAAGCACCUCCACAGCUUCAUCAGAGGAGCUGGAGACACGGCGGUCGUCAUGACGCUGAGGAGAGUAAACGCAGUCGUCCUGUUGCUGCUGGCUGUGGCCUUCCUGAUCAUAGUCCAACGAAAUCUCCUCAACCUCAGCGACUUUCUACACAAGGAAAACCCAGAUGCAGGGGCCAUUCUUCCCUUCGAGGCCGAGCUGUCUCCGGCCCUUAAGCUGGAGUCGGCGAGGACAGGAGAGGAGAUUCCUGUCCUCAUCACUGCUGCCGAGGAGAGACUCGGUGCCGUGGUUGCUGCCAUGAACAGUGUUAACCAGAACAGUAAAGCCAACGUUGUCUUCACCAUUGUGACCUUGAAUGACACAGUGGAACACCUAAAAGCGUGGCUAAGUGAUACCAAGCUGAAAAACAUCAACUACAAGAUAGUUGUUUUCAAACCUGAGCUUCUCAGUGGGAAGAUAUCUAAAGAUCCUCAGACACAGGAGGCUGCAAAACUGGUCAGACCGUUGACUUUUGCCAGGUUUUACCUGCCUGUGUUCCUACCUGAGGCAGAGAAAGCCAUUUAUUUGGAUGAUGACAUCAUUGCACAAGGGAACAUUCAAGAGCUUUAUGAAACCAACCUCAAAUCAGGACAUGCAGCUGCCUUCUCAGACGACUGUGAUUCAGCUUCUGCUAAGGGGAUUGUGCGAGGGGCUGGAAACCAGAACAACUAUAUGGGUUUCCUGGACUUCAAGAAAGCGUCAAUAAAGAAGCUGGGCAUGAGGGCCAACACAUGCUCCUUCAACCCGGGGGUCAUCAUCGCCAACCUGACUGAGUGGAAGAACCAGAACAUCACCCAGCGACUGGAGCACUGGAUGGAGCUGAACACACAGGAGGAUCUGUACGGUGAAACAAUGGCAGAGAGCAUCAUUACUCCUCCUCUCCUCAUUGUUUUCUACAAACGUCACUCCAACAUUGACCCCAUGUGGCACGUCAGGCACCUCGGUAAUACAGGUGCUGGGAACCGCUACUCCCCACAGUUUGUAAAAGCUGCCAAACUCCUCCACUGGAACGGACACUAUAAGCCCUGGGGCAGAACAUCCUCUUUUUCUGAUGUGUGGGACAAGUGGUUUAUUCCAGACCCCACGGGCAAAUUUCAUCCUGUGCGACGACACGAGGGGGACAGCUAGACUGAAAAAAUGGGACCAGCCAUGUCAGCUCAGACCACGCAUUGUGAUACCUCAGGAAAUACGUAAGGCCUUGUCACUAGCCAACCCUCCGUUUGAAUUCUGCCAGACCAUCCUCUGAACAUGUUAACCUGUGUACCCACUUUUUUGCCUAUACCAAGCUCACCUUAUCGCUUCCCUUGAAAUAGCUUUGACUCUCAUUUCUCUAAAUAUUUUGAUUAACUUUUAAAACCUGAGAGAUUUGCUGAAGAGGCACACGCUGUGUUUCAGGGUUUCACCCGUAGCAACUUUAGGCUGUUGCACCUCACCACUGUGACAUGACUACAAAUAAAUAUCCAGCAGUAAUAAAUCUGCGACAACACUUCAAGAUCUCUUUGUACAACAUUGCUCGUUUUAAUCUCAGUAAGUAUGUUUACCUGCAGCAGCUGGAUGGUGAACUAACUUUAUUUGAAUACUAAAUGCAUUUUUACCUCAGAUCUAAUUGCGCAGCAAUGUUUAUUAUACCUACUUCAAAAAUGUUCUCUGCCGUUUUCAAAUGUCAGUCUGAAAAUGGCAUCAUACUAAUCUUGCUAAUGCCUCACAUAGUUAAACUCAGCUCAAAACUUCCUGUGGAAAAGUCAUGAAUUUUAUUUCUAUCAAAAGCACAUAUCAGCGCCUUGUUUUAACACUUAGUUUAUAACUUUAUAUGCAGCUGACUAAGCAAACUGCACCUCAGCAGAAAUGGAAGAACAAUGUUUGCAUACUAUUCCUAUGCUUGAUCAAUUAUCAGGAUUUUUUUUUAUAUAUGCUGAAAAGCAUUUACCUUGCUGGUGUAAAUACUUUUGUAAAGUGCGGAAAAUAAAACAUACAUUUUUAAGCA